AUGAUUUUCGAAGAUUUUUACAACUUUUUGUUCCAUAUCAGUGACAAUAAAGGUGAAAGUUUAUUGAAAAUAGGAAAUCCAGUAGGUGUGUCAACGUUGAUACGUCAAAGUAUACUCAAGUUUCUUAAGGACCUUGAACAAAAGAGAACAUUGUUGGUUGGUGCUUUAGCAUUAUUAACCGUUGGUUAUAUUUUAAGCCCUACUAUUAGUCUCAGUUUCCAGUCAGAGAAAGAAAGAAAGCAGGCAAGAAAGAAAAUGUUUUUAACUAAACGUAUUGAUAAGUAUUCCACAACUCUUCGGAACCCCAGAAAUGAUUGUUUUGCAAACUCGACAUUGCAGGCUUUAUCAUCCUGUUCAAGCUUGAUUAGUUAUUUGAACAUCUUCAACAAGUUCCAUCAAGAUUUUAUUGAGUUUUACCAAAACUCUCCGUUGAAAGACCAAAUGAAGGGUGAUGAUGGGAUUAAGAACUUGGAUAACUUGAUCCCGUUGCAUCAUGAACUUUCAAUCUAUAUCUUCAAAUUGAAUACCCCUAUUGUUUAUUCUAAUGUGAUUUCUGUUAGAUCUUUCCUCAAGGUCAUCGAAAAAAUCUUCAAUUCCCAAAUUUCAUCUAACCAACAUGAUGCUCAUGAGUUAUUGCAGAUCAUUCUUCAAACUUUGGAAAGCGAAUACUUGAAUUUGAUCAAAGUAGUGACGUUAUACAAAGAAGACUUAACCAAGUUCACAGAUGAUCAUGUUGAUGAUGAAGAUGUGAAAAGAAAAGUUGAUGGGUUUGUGGAUAAAUUAAUUAUCCCAAGCUUCUCAUUUUAUGGACAUGGUAUUUCUCAAUUUACCUGUUUAUCUUGUCUACAGAAAUCCACCUUAACAAAAUACCCUUUUUCUAUUCUCUCGUUGCCAGUGCCUCAGAAAAGACAAAUUGAGUUGAGCGACUUGAUUUUGAAGAACCAAAACGAAACGAUUUCUGAUUAUGCAUGUAUGAAUUGCAAGAUCAAGUCUAUUUUGAAGAUCGAAAAACAGAGAGAAUUCAAGAAAGGUAUGAAUGAGGUGUUGAAUGGGGUUGAUGACAGUUCAUCGAACAAAAGUGCCGGUGAUGAAUCGCCCGGUAGUAGUGAUGAUAUAAAGACACAAUAUCUUGCCAAAUUGAAGGACAUGGAGAAUUUUUGCAGAAUCAAUGAUGAAAUAGAGGACAAAGAUUUGGAGAAUUUCAUCAACAACUACGAAUAUGAGGGAUUCAAAACUUCAAAUUUAAAAUCUACGAUCAUCAAAAACCACUACUUGAUUAAGUUGCCACAAAUUAUGAUUUUCCAUCUAUCAAGAUCAAUUUUUGAAAAUAACUUUUCUACAAAGAAUAAAUGCAAAGUGAAAUUUGAGAAAAAGAUCAAUUUAAAAGUUAACAAAAAGAUCUUUAUGGACUACAAGAUGCAAGAAAAUGUGACUAGUUUGGAUGAUGAAGAUGAUAGCGAUGAUGAAGAUAGUAGCAACAACAACGAUGAUGAUAGUGAUGAUGACGGUGUUGUUGAUGAUGAUGAUGAUGAUGAUGAUGUUGAUAGUGAUGUUGUUGAUGAUGAUGAUGAUGACGAUGAUGAUGAUGACGAAGAUGUUGAUAGCGACUCAAUCGCUGAUGAUGAAGCAUCAGAUAUUGAACCCCAUGAAAAAUUAAAUGAGCUAAUACACACAAUCAAAAACAUGGAUAUAGAAGGUAGCAACACAAAUACAGAGGCCCAUUCAAGGGAAAAUAAUUUUGGCCAUUUGAUUGACUUCAAAAUGAAAGCGAUGGUCAGACACACUGGUAGUCAUUACUAUGGGCAUUACGAAUGCUAUAAAAAGAAGCCAAUGUAUUAUAAAUCGCAUCAUAAAAUUAUCAAUAAGAACCCAAUUAUUGAUUUGGACAAUCUUGCAAUUAAUGAGUACAGUAAUUCCGAGAAGGUCGAUGAGUUGAAAAAUCUACAGGAACAAUUUGUUGAAGACAACGAGAGAAUUGAUUUCCAAUAUUAUAGCUCUGACAAGAGCAAGCAAAUUAAUGACGAUGUUCCAGUUGUUGACAUUAAUGGCAAUGAGGCAGUUAUGUCACCGGAAAUAAACUCCCCAAAAGAAUUUGAUGGUGUCGCCGCCAUUACUGUUACUGAUUAUGACGAAAAGGAAGAAGAGGAUGCUUCGGAUGCUCAUACUGAUUUAGGAGAAGAAGAUACUAUCCCAGAAAAUGAAAUAAGAAGAGGAAGAUCCAGAACAUUGUCACUCUCGUUUAGAAGAGGUUUGAGUAGACUAUCAAGAAACAGUGGGUCCAAUACUUCCUUAAGUUCCAUGGGCUCUUUUUCUUUAGCACCUAUGGGAUCAGAUGCUCAAGACUUGAGUAGUGUUGAUAGUGCCAAAAGCAAAUCAGGAAGCUUUACUAGUAGUAGGGCGUCAAGUGUUAGUCGCAGAUCUACUAUUAGCAGAAAAACGGAACACAAGGAGGUAAAAAUAAGUAGCAUAAUCAAAAAGCCGUUCUGGAAGUUGAGUGAUAGUGAGGUUACAGAGGUUACUGAUGCAACUGUAUUUAACGACACUGCAGCAGUUUACAUGUUGUUUUAUGAAAGAAGAUGA